GGCUUGCCAAAAACCCUCCAGCAUUUCUCGUCGGAAAAUGCAUUCCCACGAAGAUCCGAUCACUCCGCGAACCCGACCCAUUAAGCGCCACCACAGCGCCCGCUACUACGCCCACCGGGUCCACGAAAGCCUCACCACCCGACUAUCCAAGUGGGUAUGCACCAUCUUCCUAGGCCUUCUUCUCUUGCUAGGCAUCAUCACAUUCAUCCUGUGGCUGAGCUUGCGCCCGCACCGCCCCAGAUUCCACAUCCACGAGUUUUCGGUUCCCGGUCUGGGUCAGCAAAAUGGGUUCGAGAACGCCGAGAUCACGUUCAACGUGACAGCCCGGAACGCGAACCAAGAUAUCGGGGUUUACUACGACGCCAUGGACGGGUCGGUUUACUACAAGGACCAAGGGGUCGGGUCGACGCCGUUGCUUUUUCCGUUCUAUCAGGAGUCGAAGAACACGACGGUGGUGACCGGAGAGUUGAGCGGGGCGACGUUGAACGUGAACAGUCAACGGUGGACUGAGUUUCAGAGCGAUCGGGCAAAAGGGACCGUGGUGUUUCGGCUUGAGAUAUCGUCGACCAUCCGAUUUCGGAUAUCCAGGUGGACCACCCGGCGCCAUCGGAUGCAUGCUAAUUGUGACGCGGCGGUGGGCCCCAACGGGCUCAUCUUGGCUACUUCGAAGGACAAAAGAUGCCCCCUCUAUUUUACUUGAUAUUAAUUUUGUGCUGCUUGGUUUUGCUUAUUGGCUAAUCCCUUUUAAAUUUUGAAUUUAUAUAAAUUUUUUAUAAAAUUUGAUAUAAUUUUAUUUAAAUUUAUAUAAAUUCAAAUUCUAAAUUCAUGAACCCAAUCAUAGUGACUGGAAUUUGUUUUGUGAGAUGGCAAAUUUAGUUACGCCAUCUAAUAAGAUUAUUUGUCCAAAAUAAUUAGUCCUUGAUAAUUUUUAAGUUUGACUGUUUCCAUUGUUUAUAAUUUAAUUUCUUCACUUGUUGUACGAUUUUAAUUUCUUGAUUGAUUGAAUAUAAUUUAAUUUUUUAAAUUUAA